AUGGGUGACGACGAUACAUGUUUGCUUUGUAGGACCGUCGUGGAUUCGGCAGGAUUAUGGGCCCACCAGGUGGCUCAAUCCAUCCACCGCUACAACAAUCAUCUGCUUCCACCAUCCAAAGACGACUGCUGGUCCAUUCCAAGACAAUACUUUGCCAAGGGCAAUUAUUUUUGGUUGGAAGGCUGUAGUAAGAAUCCCUUUACACACUUGGUCUAUCCUCUUCCAGAACCAGGGGGGUUGGGAGUGCAUGCCACCAUGGAUUGGAGUGGUCAAUCUGUCAAGUUUGGACCCGAUAUCGAAUGGAUCGAUGCCGCGACCACAACAGAACCAGACGGCAUUGACUUGAUUCCACAUUCACAACGUGCCCAAGGGUUCUACGAACAAGUCCGCAAAUACUGGCCGGAUCUCCCGGACAAUUCGAUUAUGCCAGAAUUCGACCGAAACUACAUCAUCCCUCACUCGAUACCAGUACCGAAGAUGGAGCGGCGGCACCCUUCCAUGACUUUUACAUUGCAGGACCAGAACAACAUGGAGUGCCAGGACUGA